CGCGUGCAGGUCUACGCACAUCGUAGCUGAUUGAACACUACAGAACUGGAAUAUGGCAAACAUAGGCGACAGAGAGCACAUGGCAUAGCAUGCAGCUUCAGGAUUAUUCACAAUAUAUCAGUGCAUCGCCUUCUCCUACCCAGUGUAAAUACUGCAGGACAGUAUUCCUGCCUGAAAAUAGCCACUACCGUAUUGCACCCAAAGUGAAAAUUACAAAGAAGAUUCAUAAACUGUCGCAGAGAGCACAAACUAAUACUUUGGGGACAUACCAAAAGCAUUUAUUAAAGUGUUAUCAAGAAAGAAAAAGCAUGAUGGUAAUUUCUUGUUUAGUUUGUGGUAGAAAAACCAAAAUAUCAUGUCCUCAGCGGUCAAAGCUGUCAAUUAACAAUGUAUCUGUCGAAGACAAUGUAGAACAGAAAUUGUCAAAGUCGGCUAAAAAGAAGCUGAAAAUGAAGAUGAAGAGAAAGAAAGAGAUUGAAGCAAAACUCAAUAUGACGGAGGAUUUUGUCACUAGCACUCCUAAAUUAUUAGAUGUUGCCUCUAAGAAAAAGAAGAAACAAAAGGCUGCAAACCAUUCAAGAGAAGCUGGUUUAUUGGACAAUCUACAACCAAAAGGACCUGUGCUAAAAUUGUUCUCAGAAAAACAAAUGAAUACUUCAGAUGAUUCUUUCACCAAGUCACUGACAGAAGACGAUUUUCAGGAGGUUUCGACAAAUGACACGAGCAACUCAAGUAGAUCGGUUCUCACCUCUUUGGGAUCUGUGGAAAAAUCAAGGAAAAGUCAUGGUGGGUCUGGUUCACCAUGCAUGAAUCAAAAUACUGAAUCCAGUAUUAAGAAAAACCUGUCAAAGAAGUCUCUUGAUUCUUCUCAUUCUGGAUCUUUUCUCUCACCAAGGGCUGUGACCAUGCUCUCUCCACAGAUAGGGCAAAGCAAGGAUAAAAACUCAAGUAAAAAGAAGAACAAGGGAAAAGCAUUUCAUUCCCAGCUUAACCGCAUGUUGGUCAAUGAAGAAAGAAAGAAAUCUUCAUCAAGCUCCUUGUCAGAUUUCCUCUCAAGUAUAUGAAGUCUCCUAAAUUGUACUUAACCUUGCCAUUUUUUAUUGGCCAUUUCAGAAAAAAAAAUGUGAGCAUUUGAGUCAAGGUCAUUGAUGCACACAUUGAGUGUGACAUUUGCAUACUUCUGGCUUAUCCCAUUAUUUUUGCCAAUUCAUACUUAAAUACCCUCCAAUACGAAAAGGUAUCAGCAGUUAUAAUAAGUGAUAUGAAACAGUUAUGCAAAUAUUGCACAAAUGUUUACUUCACUCAUGUGUGUCAAAUGCACACUUUUUUUGUGAAAUGACCCCUACACUGUACCAGCACUGAUAAUAGAAAGUGAGGGAAACUAUUCAAACACUUGCAAAGUGUCAAAUUGCCAUGUUGAUGGACUUGUAAUUUUUGCCAGACUUUUUUUUUUUUUUUUU